GCUUCAGAGCUGAAAGGAGGAGUCCCGCCGCAAAUGCUGCCCGGAAUCAGGGAGGACUCGGUCUUUAGAAUUGUACUUUCUCCAUCCUGCUCUCUGCUAGGACGUCAGUUGUAAGGCCUCAGCAUCUGGACCAUGUUCUCCUCUGCGACUCCGUACAGAAACCAGCACUAUGCUGAGCUGAGGAGCUCCUGCGCCAGGGACAAGAUCCUGUUCGAGGAUCCAGACUUUCCAGCCACCAACGCAUCCCUGUUUUACAGGAACCCUCCCCCUGGUAUCGUGGAGUGGAAGAGACCCGGGGAGAUCUGCGGCGAGCCCCAUCUGUUUGUAGAGGGCAUUAGCUCCCAUGACCUGAAUCAGGGGGUUGUGGGUAACUGUUGGUUUGUUGCUGCAUGCUCCUGCUUGGCCCUGAAGCCACACCUCUGGAAAAAGGUUAUUCCUGACUGGAAUGAGCAGGAAUGGGAUCCCAAACACCCAGAAAACUACGCAGGAAUUUUCCAUUUUCAGUUUUGGGUGUUUGGAGAAUGGAUUGACGUAGUGGUGGAUGACCGGCUGCCGACGAUCAACGGGGAACUUAUUUACUGCCAUUCAAAAAACAACAAUGAGUUCUGGAGCGCUCUGCUUGAGAAAGCCUAUGCCAAGCUCUCUGGUUGCUAUGAGUCCAUGGCGGGGGGCAACACUGGGGAUGCUGUGGUGGAUUUCAGUGGAGCUGUUGCAGAAGCCAUCAACCUGGAAGCUGAAGCCUUUUAUGAUGACCAGAAUAAACAAGACCAGCUCUUUGAGGACCUUUUAAAGGUCUAUGAUCGGGGAGGAAUCAUCAGCUGCUCGAUAGCGGCUUCACCUACUGAGAUUGAAAUGAGGUUGGCGAACGGGCUGGUGAAGGGCCAUGCGUACUCAGUAACUGCUGUGAAGAAAGUACGUUUGGGCCAUGGGCUACUGGCCUAUUUCAAGAACGAGACCAUCCCCCUGAUACGCAUGAGAAACCCCUGGGGCAAGACUGAGUGGAAAGGAGCCUGGAGUGACAGCUCUGAAGAAUGGUCUAAAGUUGGCGACACGGAGAGAGGCAACCUUGGCAUUACAGUGGAGGAUGAUGGAGAGUUCUGGAUGUCAUUUCCAGACUGGUGUAAGAGCUUUACAGAUGUGGAUGUUUGCCGCCUCAUCAAUACCGCCCUGAUCAGCAUCCACAAAACGUGGAAUGAAGUUUCACAUUUUGGGAGCUGGACCCAAAAUGCAGAUCCUUUCCGCAACCGCUGCGGUGGCUGUUCAAAUCACAAACAGACAUUCCUGCAGAACCCACAGUACGUGUUUGACGUGACAAAGGACGAGGAUGAGGUCCUCAUCUCCUUACAGCAGAGAGACAUGAGGAUCCACAGAAAAACAGGACAGGGAGAAAAUCUUACUAUUGGCUUUAAUGUCUUUAAGGUGGAACUGAACAGGAAGUAUCGAAUGCAUGACAUCCUGACCCAACAGUGUAUGGCGACGUCCAAGUACAUCAAUGCCCGCACGGUGUUUAAGAGGUGCAUGCUGCCCAAGGGACGCUACAUCAUCAUCCCCACCACCUUCGAGCCUCAGACAUUUGGAGACUACAUGAUCCGUGUUUUCACCGAUGUGGACUCCAGUUGCAGAGAGCUGACAGAGGAUAAACCAAAAUUGAAGUGCUGGAGUUCAUUCGUCGGUUAUCCACAGGUUGUGACUCACAUCUACGUCCACGGAGCCGAGGGGCUGGAGAACCAGGACAGCUCAGGAGGUGGAGACCCCUAUGUGAUCAUAUCCUGUGAGGGCCACUCCGUACGUUCGAUCAUCAAGACAGACGACCUGAACCCUGAGUUUGGAACCAGAGCCAUCUUCUACAGGAAGAAGCCGAGAAAGCCCAUCUCCGUGGAGGUGUGGAACAGCAAUGCGCUGAAGGACCAGUUCCUGGGCCAGGUGGUGUUGUCCGGCACGGAGAAGGACACCACUGAUCCCCAGAAGCUCCAGCUGAGGAAGAGAGGCCGGCGCAUGGCUGAUGAGAUGCCUGGCACCAUCAGUCUGAGGAUCAUCACCUCCGCUCAGCUGACAGCCAUGUGAUCACGUCAGUCAUGCCACUGGCUGGCCCAUGGUUACCGUCGUCAUCAUCGUUGUCUAGUUAGCCGGGUCAUCAUUAGUUUCCAGUACUAGCACCGUGUUGCCGGCUUCAGCACAGUUGAGCCGGUCACGGAACAAAUCGCAGUGUCUGUAUUUAAUCACUCAGACCUCGUUCAGACCAGAACGGGGCACUAAUAACCUGAAUGUACCAAUUCCUGUUGAUCAGCAUGACUCCUUUCUGAGCCUGUUAUUUUUUGAAAAAUAAUUUUUGUGUAACAUACUGUACAUGAUUUUAUACCGGCAUGCUACUGGACAGCUGAUAAUAUAUACGUUUUUUGCUAUUCUUCACUAGCUACUCUCAUUUUAUACACGUUUUAUGAUAUGAAUACUUUGUAGCUCCCUCCAGUCUUAUUACCGCCUUCAGUGUGACAAAAUACUGCAUUACUGUACGUGCAGCGUAAUAUCAAACACAUUGUGUUUUCAGAGUAUUUUCAGUCAUAUUACAGUCAUUUUGUCUUCUACGACUUUCUGUCAGUAUUGCCAGUGUAUUUUUUUUUUUGGUCAUUUAUAUCAAUAUCAUACAAUUCCCUGAAAGAAAUUCAACCCCAAAAUCAUUCAUGGUAGCCUACAUGACAGGCUACAAGUCUGGUUUUCUUCCAGAUUUUUUUUCUUUUCCUUUUUUUUUUUUAUUUCAGUCCAGUUCCCAAACUGCAAAGUUUUGUUUUUUCCGUUUUACACUCAAGACACAGCCAUGCACAAUUCAAAGUUCAAAAAGUCUAUUGCUUCAACCACAGUUAAAAAUAGUUUAUCCAAAACCUUAUUUCCCCAUAACUUGUUUGUCCUUUUUCAAAGAUGGGGAAAGGCCUGCUGAGGUAUGCCGGAUGGUUCAGCAGUUUAACAAAGCUAGACAAUGAUAAGAGGAAUAAUAAUAAUAGUAGUAAUAAUUUAAAAAGAAACAUUUUUGUCUUUGUUCCAUUCUCUUGUUACACAUUAAUAGAGGAAUUUUUCACACCACGUGUACAGGUUUACACAUUCAGAAGAUAGGAAUGUACAGGAGCAACUACCGAAAAAAAAGGGGGGGUUGGGUUGGGCGAGGGGGCAGGUCAGCGGGGGUCUUUUUUUCUUCUUCUUCUUCCCAAAAUACAUCUUUGUGCUCAUAGUUCAGACCUGUACAUGGGGGUGGGGAGAGAGGAUGCGGGGGGGGGGGGGGAGGCAAACGUCCAAGGGCUCAGCAGACUUUGCAGGAGGCUUCCUGACAGGCCACCUUCCGCUACCGCAUACAUACGUACACCUACAGACACUCGGCAAGUGGUACCUCAGGACAGACUGUGUGGGCCGGCACACAGAGCCUUGCAUCCCCCGGCUCUCUGUCCAGACGGAGGAGAGUCCAAUGAAGCCCAGACAGGAGAGAUUUGACCCGGGUGUGGAAAGACAGGAGAGUGUGUGUGUGUGUGUGUGUGUGUGUGUGUGUGUGUGUGUGUGUGUGUGUG